AUGAGUCCUAGUUCUUCCACUUCCCGACCUCGAUCUUUCCGUUCCAAGCUUGACCGCGCCCACUCCAGCGAUUGCGAGGUGAGGAGAUUCCUUGCGUCGCUCAAGGAAUGCUCGCGAUCCCGGGAUCUGGAUUGGGGUAAGCAAAUCCACGCCGAGGCGGAGUGCUGCGGCCUCGAUUCCAAUGCGUUCGUGGCGAGCAGCCUGGUGAAUCUCUAUGGCAAGUGCGGCUGCAUGGACGAGGCGCGCAGGGCUUUCGACCGGAUGAAUUGCCCCGACCUCGUCGCGUGGAAUUCUCUCAUUCUGGGCUAUGCCGUGAAUGGGCAUGGCGGGGUUGCGCUCCAGCUCUUCCUGGACAUGGAAUCGCGGGGCUUGAAAGGGAAUUCUGUCACGUUUAUUGGAUUGCUCAAGGCCUGCGCGAGCCUCGCAGAGAAGGAGAAUGGGAAGGUUUUAGAAGAUCUAGAGCUCGUCGUGAAGUUUUCUUCUCUUGAGAGAGGAAUGGCUCUUCACUCCCUUGCCACUGCAAGGGGAAUCGACACAAACGCUUUGGUAGCUAGCAGCCUGGUGGAAAUGUAUGCUCGGUGUGGAAGCGUGGUGGAUGCGUGGAAGGGUUUUGUAGAGAAUGGGCAGAGCGAGGUGGUGCUUGAGCUCUUCGUGGAAAUGCAACGAGAAAGCAGUGGAGCAAAUGCCAGAACCUUUGUUGCGGUGUUCCAGGCCAUCACUUCUUUAGCAAAGAGGGAACGAGGAGAAGAAACUAUCCAUGGAAGGAUACUCAAGCUGGAGUCUCUGGAAAGAGCUGCUUGAUCCAAAUGUACGCGGCUUGUGGCAGCAUGGGCGAUGCUCUUGGAGUGUUUAGCACCAUUUUCCAGCCAAAUCAAGUCUGCUGGACGGCAUUGAUGCUCGG